AUGGCAAAUAUGUAUUUUAGAAACUAAAAUAAUCUUAUUUGUGAUUUCUUGAUAGGAAGCAAGACUUCUUUUUCUAUUUCACCAUGUCAUAUAGCAGAACAUUACGAUGAAUAAAUCAGUAAUGUAAAAGAUAGCUUUGAUACCCUCUAAAAACUCACUCUCAGGAUAGAUUUAGGAAGUCCAUCACUUGUCACUAGUAUAAGAAUAAUUAUGACAGAGUAAGAGGCAGCAGAAAAGAAGUUUACGUUAUUAGAAGUAUUAGGAAACUAAUUAGGGGAAAAUACUGAAUUUUAAAGACUUUUGAGAUUAGAUUCUAUACAAGAUUAAGGAGGAGAACUAUCUGCUUAUGGAGCUUCUUUAAAAACACUCCAAACUCAAAAGAUUAAAAAUUAAAUGAAAGUUCAAGUAUAUGGUGUCACUAAAGUUCUAUAAAUAUCUUACCUUAUAAAUAAGAGUGAGUUUUUAAAUAAUAGCUCUCAAGAAUAAAGCUAAGAUGGGUGUUUGGUAAUGUAUUAAGAUUAAAAUUUAGAUAAGAAUAUAGAAUUAGAAUAAGGCUCUGAGGAGUUUAAAAAAUUAUUUGAUAGCAUAUAAAUAUAUGGAUAUAGUCUCUUUCUAAGUCCUCCAUCGAAUUAAUGCAUACAUUUGCUUAAUAUUUCUAAUUUAUUUCAGAAAAACAAUAGAAAGGAAGAGGCUAUUGAGACAGAUAUAAUUUUAGGUUAUUCAUUAAUGUCAUAAAGAAAGUAUAUUUAAGCAGCAGAAAUAUUCAAAAGAUGCAGUCUUUAUUUUUAUAAAUAAUAUGAGAAUACUGCUUAAAAAAAAAACAAUUUAUAAGAAAAUUUUUAAUCUACUCCUAAUUAAACCUUCCAAGAUACUUCAAAACCAUUGAUUUUUUCUCCAAAUUAAAAAAAUGAAUUUAAUGAAGAUACGUUUAACUAAACAAAUAUCUUUAGUAGCACUAACUAUUAAGGAUGUGGAACUAGUAAUUAAAAGCUACUAAGAGCAGCAAAGUUAGAAUUGCUUGUUGCUGAUUGUAUCAGAUAGCCUUAACUUCAAAAUUAAAAAGUAUAGGCUUAUUUAAGAGCCACAGAAUACUUUUAAGGGUAACGUUUAAAUAUUAAUCUCUCUCAAUAAAAUGCAGAUCCAUAUACAAAUAUCUUAAUAUUAUGUCCCUAUUUGUGCAAAUUUCUUUUGAGAACUCUUGAUGAGAGAAUAGAUCCUUUAAGAAUAUCUGCAAUUAAAGGGAUAGAAUUUUUAAUUGAGAAUUUAGGAUGCACUAUUAGCAGUUAGCUUCCUUAGAUAUUAAAAUAAGUCAUUCUUACAUAUCCCUUGAUCCCAGCUUUUUCAAUAGAGCCUAACAAACAAUUUGAUGAAGAGGAUGAUUAUUAAGAAGAAGAUGAAGAAGAUAAUGAGGAUAUUAUUGAUAGGUAUGAAGAAGGAAAUUUUUAAGAAAUAGAGCAUGAAAUAAAUGAAGAAGAAGACUAAUUUGCUCGCUAAAAUAAAAGGCCAAAAAAAGCAAAAAAAGGAAAUGGCUUCAAUAAUUUUCCAAAAUCCUUAUAAUCCCAAGCUUCUAUAAAUUAAAAAGUGAUAUUUGAUAUGUACCAUCAUUUGCUAGAUCAGUUUUUAAAUUUGUUAGCAUCAGCAUCUUCUUAAAUAUUGAGAUCAAUAUUCAAUGAUGUAAUUUCCACUUAGCUAUUUAAUAACGAGGUUGCUCAUGAUGUUAAAAUUUAUUUGUGUAAAAUCACAGAUAAAAUUAUUAGUAUAUGUUAAGGAGAUCUAACUGUAACACCUUAAUUCAUUACUAAUAUGAUGAAUUAUCUUUUAAAUACUCAAUAACAAUAGCAGUUUACAAAUUAAUUCAAAUAGCAUUUGGAAAGGACUUGGGAUAAUAUUAAAUAAAAGCUUCUUUCAAACUUAGAACUUUCACAAGCCAAUAAAAUUAUUGAUUUAAUUUCAGAAAACUUGUAAAAUAUACUUGAUAACUAAGGAGAAGGUGUUGAAAAAUCAUCGAAAAGAGAAUCGUAAAUAGACUAAGAUACAGAAUUUAACUUUUGGAUAGAAAUUACUUCUAUUGUACUUCAAAGAGAAAAGAGAACUUAAGAAAAUUUACCAAGUAAUUUUGCUCGCUAUUAUAAAAAGCUAGAAAUGUCUUAGGAAAAUUUAAAUUUAAAAAUACUAAUCCAUCCCUACUUAUAAAUUUUAGAGCUCACCUUAGCCCACCCUUAAGGAAUAGAUACUUUUAAGCUAAUAUGGUCAAUAAUUAUUGAUAUCCUUACUUCAGCCAGUUCUAAAUAAUAAACUGAAUACACUCUUGGUGAAGUCACUUACUCAAUUCUGAAUAAAACUAAGCAGUUUAUUGCAAACCAUCCUCCUCCUGUUUUACAAUUAGAUGCAUUAAUAAUUAUCAUUUCCUCCCUACCUCAAAAAGAAAUAGAUAUUGGUUUGAAAAGAGAAAUGCUUGAUUUUUUACAAAUUAUCUUAGGAUAUGUCCCUCACUCUAUAUUUGAAGAAAUUUUUUUUCUUGUUGAUUGUUUAAUUGAAAAAAUUGAUUAGCUUGACUAUAAUUUAAUAGAAAAAAUACUCUCUGUUUUAAUUGACCAAUAUACUAUGAAAAACAAAACUUAAAAGAAAGUGGCUUCCAAUUUCAUCUCUAAGAUAAUGAAACCUGAGUCUCAAUCAAAACAAAUCAAUUAUUUUUAAUAGAUAUUGGAAAUUUGUUUAGUAAAAAAUGUAGAACCUUACAAAGAUGAUCCUAGUUCUAGUGAUUUAAUUUAAGUUAAAGGGAAAGCCUAAGUAAUCAAAACUAGACAAAACAAAAAAAAUACUGAUACAAAGCAGUUUGAAAAAGAUUAUGAUAUUUUUAUUGAUAAGCUAUCUUUUCUCUAAGAUUGCUUAGAUCAUUUAAAGUAAACUCAUUUUGUGGGUUUAAUAAGUAAAAAUCAAGACUCAGUAAUCUCCGAUUCGAUUAUCAAGCUUAUCAACAGUGGAGACUCCAGAGUUAGAAUGAAAGGUUUUUCUAUUAUCAAAAAGAUCCACGAGCAUUUUGUUGAAUUAACUGAAGUAUAAAUUAGAUAAAUAGAAAAAUUGCUUGGAAAUUAUUUAAAUAGUUCAUUUUUAUCCAAGCAAAAUUAAUUUGCACCUUCUUUUUAAGAAGAAUGGUAUAACAGUUCUAAAAAUGAAAGUGAUAAAAAAUCUAUUUAGGGUAAUAAAAAUCAAAGUAAAAUUAGCACGAGUAUGAAUUCAAAAUAUGAUUAAAGUGCUUAGCUAGAUUAAACUAUUUUAAAUAAGCAGCAAAAAGAAGAAGUUGAUUAGAGUAAGGCAAAAAAACGUGUAUUUUCUUUUGCAAAAAUUAUGAUAACAAAGUUAAUAAUUGCUUGCUUAAAAGCUUCUUUUGAAAAUUUAAAAGAUCCAAAAUAAUAAUUUAAUUCUCUUGUUCUCAUGGAUUAGUUUUUUUAGAAUUUAUUUGGUGGACCUGAUCUUGAAAGUGAAUUGAAGUUUGCUAAUUAGGUUCUAAACCCGAACAAGCAUCAAAAGACUUAAAAAAAAGUACAGAUUCUUGAUUUAGAAACUUACGAAUUCACUAUUGAUUAAUAUUUCGACUACGAUAAUGAGUGGUAUCUUCAUAUGAGGUUAAAUUAAAUUUUAAAAUUCUGGCCCCUGCUUUAAAAUCUUGUUAACUCUCCAUGGAGUAAUAUCAGAAGUUUGACCUAUGGUGUUAUCUGCAACUGGGUUAGGGCAGACCUCAAUCACUAUAAAAGUUCAAACUAAAAAAAAUUUCUAUAAAUUUUAUUUAGAUUGUUGCUAAGUUUACUUUAGAGUAAAGAAAGUGAAUGUAGAACUGGAGGUUUAAAUAUUUUAGGAUCUCUAUGCGGAUUAAGUUAUAAUUUUGACGAUAAAGUAGAUGAAAUGAAAAAUUAUCUCCAUUUUUUUAGAAGACACGAAAAUUUAAUAUCAUUAGCUAUUUGGGAAACAGUUUAUGACAUUUAAAGUGAUUGGGAUGUAACCAACUAAGCAGCAGCUAUGAUUAUAAUUUAAAUAUGUGCUCCUAGAGAUUCUAUAAAGCAUUUUUUCAGACUUAAAUAAGAAGAUAUCAAUAUGAGAAGCAAUUAUCACUCAUACAGCUAAAACAAUAUACAUUCUCAUUUAUCUUCUAAAGAAAAUAGGUCUACUACUCCUAUAAUUUUUUAGGGAAAGGAAGAAGAUUAGAUAAUAAAUGACUCUGGAAUUAUGAAUAGAUCAGUCAAAUAAAGUAAUCAUCAAACUAGUUAAAAUUUAUUUAUUGGAAAUAAUGAAAGUACGCCAAGUCGCGGCAUGUUUAAUUAACUAGCAGCAGAAGAUGAUAAAUAAAGCAAUUUAUAUAAUAACAAUAAUAUCUCAAGUGAUAGUAUAGGAGCUGAUUAGCCUUAAUUAUAGAGUGAAGAGGAGCUAAGUGAAGUAAAUUUAGAUUAGGAAGAUAGCUAGGAUGGAAACUUAAGCAAAAACUAGAAUUAAGAUGGUCUUUUUUGGUUUGAUACAGCUUCUGAAAAAGAAAUUAGAGAUAUGAUUUCUAUGUUUAAAGGAGAAUAAAAACCACCAGUAACUUUAUGGAUAGAAAGAGAUACAUAUAAUACUGAGCAUAAGCCUGAGGGGACAACUACAACUGAGGUUAUUACUUAUACUAUGAACGAAGAAGAAGAUGCUGGUAUAUAUGGAUACUUUGAUGAGGUAGGUUUAAAUUAAAAUAACUAAAAUGGUUCUUCAAAUAAUAGCAACAAUAAUAAUCUCAAUAAUAUUACAGAAGAAUACAUUUAAUAGCAGCAGUAGCAAUUUUAAUAAAUGAAAAAAAAUAACAAUUUAGGACUUGAUUUUUUGUAGGACAGAAGUAAGGAAAUUAAAUUAUUUAAUAAGCAAGAAAAUAACAAUUCUGAUUAGAAAAUCGAAAGAAAAUUUGAAUAGGCGAAAGAUAAGUAAUUACCUUAAAAUUAGAACAUUUAGGGAAAUUAAUAAGCAUAAAUUUAAGGAAAUGCAAACAAAAAGUUCAACAGGUUUGAUGAUGAAGAUUUAGAUUAUGAUAAGCUUGGAAUUAUUGAAAUGGAAGAUGAUGAACAUUUUAUUGAUGAUUAUGAAAAAAAAUACUAAGAAUAUAAGAGACAUAAAAAUCCAUCCUAGUUUAAUAAUAAUAAUUAAAAAGCAAUGUCAGACAGUAAUAGACCUCAAACUGGGAGAUAAGUAUAAAGAAAUUCUUAGUCUAAAUAAUAAAAUUUAGUUGAGGAUACUUAGUAGCAAGUUAGCAACGAAUUGCAAAAAAUUUAAGGAAAUAUAAAAAUAGAAAAUGUUGAAAGUAAUGAAAAAAAUAGUAAUUUCAGUAAAAAUAAUUUAUCUUUAAGCUAAAAUUAGCAAAAUUAAAUAAAAGAGCAGCAUUUAACUGGAAGUGAUUCAAAAAAUAAAAAUAUAGCGACAGAUAACAUAAACAAUAGUAAAGUUAAUUAAGGAAGCUAGGAAUUAUAAGAUAAUCAAAAUUAAAAAGAUACACUAAAGUUUUAUAAAUAGCAAACCAAGCAGGAUGGUUCACCAUCUACAAAUUCAAAUGUUCUCGAAUAAAAAAAAAUUUAAUAAAAUGAUCAGAUAUAAUCAUUUGAGAAAAGACAAAAUAAAAAUUACUAAGAUUAUGAAUACUAUGAAGAAGAUUAUAAUGAUGAGGAAUAACAGUACGAAGAUGAAGAUGAAGAAGAAAUAGAAGAGGAUAUAUAAGAAGAUGAUACUGAGUAAAAUUCAUAAAAUGGCUAAUAUAACUAGAACUAGUAUUAAAACUUAAAAUAUAAUGGCUUUAUUAAAAUAGAGCACAACAGUAAUAAAUAGCAAAAUCUUACAAAAAAAGAUAAUUCAAGAUAUGCUUCAAAUUAUACUAAUGUUACAGAAAAAAACUCACAAUAAUCAUCUUAAUAAUAAAAUAGCUCAGGAAAGAGAUUAAAGGAUGAUUUAUAACCAAUAAACUGUGUAGAGUCUGAAGCAUAAAAGCAGGUUUUAUUUAAUUAAAGAAUGCAUUUCAGAGAAGCAAUAAUGAGUGAUGAAAAUAAGGAGUCUUUAAGCUAUACUUAGAGUUCUUAGCCUAAUCAAAAAAGGAGAGAUACAUUUGAAGUAACUUUAAGUUUUUCGGACAGUAGUAUUUUUAGAGAUGAGCACACUGACAAAACUUUAACAAAAGAAGAUGAACCAAGUUAAAUUUAAAUGCAAUAAUAGUUUUUUAAUAAUAAAGCAUAAGAUACUGGUAAUGCUGAGAAUAAUUUGGCUGACAGUUCUUAAAAGUAAAAUAACAGCUAAAAUUUAAGUAACUAAAUCCAAUAGCAGAAUUAAUAAUAAAGAUCUUCAACUCCCUAGAAUUAGAAAGGAUAGUAAAUUUAAAUGAAUAAUUACUUUGCUAACUAACCCUUUGUAUAGCCUUAAUAAAUAAAACAAGAAUAAUAAAACAGUAAAAAUAGCUACAAAUAAUCCAACUAAAAUAAUGUAGUAAAAUCUUAAUCUCCAAUCAAUCAUAAUCAAACAAUAAAAGCACCUAUGUCACAAAAAUAAGAUAAUGAUAAUUCUAACAUUUUAAAUAGAACUUCACCUCUACCAACCACUCACUAAAAGAGUACUGAUAAAUAAAAUCUUCCUCCUAACAACACACCAAGAAUUAAUCAACCAAGUAAAUCUCCUGUUCAUGCAUAAAAUAUUUAAGAAUCUAAUUUAAAUAAAUCUAAAUUAGGAAAUAAUAAUUAAAAUCAUUAUAAUUCAAACGAAAUUAGUGUUUCUGGAUAAAAUAAAAAAAAUAAUAAAAAUACAUUUUCACCUUAAGAAAGAGGAGAUGUUCAGAUAUUACAAUAAAAGCAGUAAUCACCUUAUAAAUAGUAAGUAUAAGAGACAAUAGAAAAACAAAGAUUAAACUACCAUCAUAGCAAUGAUUCAAAUAAUUAGACUGAAAAUACCUAGCUCUAGCUGUUAAAUGCUAUUUAAAAUUAAUCUCAACAUAACAAAUCAUUUUAAGGAGGAAGUAAAUCUCCAUCUUCAACCAAAAAUCAAUAGAAAUAGAUUAGGUAGUCACCUACAUAAAAUACCUCAAAUUAAAAUAAUUAACUGCUAAAACAUUUAUUAAAGCACCCUACAUCAACUAAAAACUAAUAGUUAGAUAUAAGUGAUGAAUCAAGUUCCAAAUAAAAAUCUAAGUCGAGAUCUAAAGAAAAAAAUUAAUAAGGAUAAUAAAGGUAUUAAGCCUUCUAAAAUAAUUUAGAGUUAAAUAUCGUACAAGGCUAAGAGUUUAUAGUUGCUUCUAGUGCCUCUUCGAAGAGCUAGGGAAGGUCAUAAAAAGUUGAUUUUUUUAGAAAAAAUAACCAAUAUUAAACGCUUUCUAACUCUCAUUCUCCAUAUUAGACAAUGAAUAUCUAAGCUGGUGGAGGCUCUUCUUCUACCAAACAUUAAAAGUCUACUUCAAAGAGUAGAUCGAAAUCAAAUGGUAAAAAAAGGAAUGGUUAAAAGACAACAUCAGUCACUCCAAGCGGUUUCUUCAAAAAUAGAACUCCUUCGCAUUCUCCACCAACUUCCACUGGUAAAAACAAUAUUUUGAGUCAACUGAGAUUGUAAGGCUCAAACAGUGGUGGUAAGUCGAGAUCAUUAGAAAAAAAUACAAGUAGUAACUUAAGCUCUACUUUUAAUAAUACUAUCUCUAGUGUUAUUAAUGGAAUUAACAAUAAUAGCUCUACAAAUCCUUGCAAACCUCCCUUGAAAACUAAUAGUGCCAAUAUUGUAGCAGGAAACUGCUUUUAGAAUACUGUCUCAAAUUCUAAUAAAAAUAAUUUAAAUCUACAUAGCAUUGAUAAAUUAUAUAAAACAGACUUUUUAAGCAGGUUGCUUGAUUCUACAAAAUCCAAUGUUUCUUCUAAAAAGACUACAAACAUUACACCUAAAUCUUGUAAAACAAAAAUAUCUAGCUCAAGAAACUCUAAAUCUAAAGAGAACAAUAGCAGUUCUAUUUAAUGCGCUAACAACCAAAGCUACUAUAGCAACUAAAAUAACCCCAAUUCAAUUACCAUAAAUAGUUAAUCAUACAAUAACAUGAGUAAUAGUAACUUUUCAUUUGCAGGAAACCAUUAAAAGGAUAGCUACUCUCCUUAGUAAUCAGCUUAGUUUGAUGAUGAAGUCCACUAACAAUUUUCAUAUGAUGAUAACGCCUAUAGUAAUAUGGGUGGAGGUGAUUCUAAAAACUGCACUCUUGAUCUUGCAGAUGCAUUUUAAAAUUUCGAUAACCAACACAUGAUUCCUCUUAAACAAUAAUCUCUAAAUAAUACUUAAAAUAUUUCUAAUUAAAAUAUAAAUGACCAAUCACAAUAAAAAUAUCUUAUUGCUUAAAUAGCUUAAAAAAAUAAUUAGCUUACAAAUAAAUUAUAAGUAAUGCCAUUAAAAUAGAACAUCUAAGCAAAUGCUAAUUAAUAAAUAAGAUCAAGCAGAAGAGGUUCUGAAGGAAACUGCUUUCCAGUCUAAAACCAUUUAGAUAUUUAAUAAAAUAGCUUUCUUCAGUACUAGUAACCUUUACAAUAAAAUUUUAUAAUUUAGCACUAGCAGCAAUAAGUAAUAUUGUAAAACUAAUAUUACCCAUAAAAAUCAUUAGAGAAUAAAGAAAAUCAUUUUGAAAACUCAGCAGAUGAAUUGUUGGAUGUUUUAACCAAAUAAAGAAAUCAAAGAAGCACUUCUGCAAAAUCAAAAAAAAGAAGUACUUCUGGAGGGAAAAAUUCUUCUUAAUAAUCUUAAGCGAAUUCUAAAAAUACUAAAGGUCCUUCUAAUUCAUCUAAUUCUGCUAACAGAGUAAAAGUAGUAAGCAUCUCUUAGCAGGGUUAAGAAAAACUUAAUAAAUUCGAACCUUACAAAUAACCUCUUAGUCCUAGUAGAAAAAAGAAAUUAUCUCCUAAUUAAAGACCAUAGUCUAGCAUUUAUUAACAUAAUGUUUAAUAAAUUAAUUAGUAGCAGCAGCUCUCUGUUUCUUCAGUUUUGAAUUCAAACCAUUUUUCUUCGACAUCACAAGACUCAUCAUACCUUUAGGGUUAGUUAAAAAAUAAUUUCAAUCAAACUGCUGCAAGCCAAACAAGUCAUAAUAAUUCAUUUUAAUCAUAUAAUAAACCUCCUUUAGUUAAGAAGUAGUAAUAAAAUAAUAGCAGAGAAAAAGAAAGUAAUUUAUAAAAUUCAGGAAUAUUCAUUGGUGGAAACGCAUAAUAAUAAAUUAAUCAAGCAAUUAGUAAUAAUAAUUCUUUUUAUGUGUAAGAAAGAAAUCCAAUAGCUUAAAAAAAGAAGAAAAAGAUUUAAUUUAAUUAGAAUCACUCCUUCGACGACUCAUUAAUUAACACAACUUUAUGA